AAAUGAGUUUCCAUUUAAAGUAUAACAUUAUUUUUUUGAGUGUAUUAUUAUUAUUGUUAGCGCACUACAAUUUAGCCGAGGAUAUAGCAACACCAACAGGUAAUUCUGAUGAAGAAGAUGAUGACUCUUCGUCUGAGGAAACUGUAGAGGACUCGAAUGAAUCUCGAAAGAAACGCUCGAUUAUGGACUCAGAUGUUUCGGCAAAUAUAGAUAGCAAUGAAAACGUGGCACGUGUCUCAAUACCGGGUAUACCUGAUCCAGCUACAAUCAUAAAAGUAGUGGAAAUUUUACAAGCGGUCGGUGAAAAAAUUAUACCAGCUCUCGUUGAAGGUAAUCCAACUAAAAAUAUUUUGAUAGACAGAUUGAAUAAAGAUUUUAAAUUGCUGCGUAGUUUAAGGAAUGAAAUUUAUGCGAUUGGUAGUGAUUUAAGCAAGAAAUAAAAAUUUUAUAUUAAACAUACAUAUAUACACGAAAAAAGGAUUUAUUUUUAG